AUGUAUCCGCACAGCUACAACCUCUUCUCCACGAACGUAAUCUUAGCCUCUAUUGCGUUCGUGUAUUGGCCUAACGGCGGUGAAUGGCACGGCCUAAUAAUCAAUCUUUGCACUUUGGUCGGCUCCGUCAUCGGCCAAUUCCUCUUCGGCUUCCUUGCCGAUUUCUACGGACGUACUCGUCUUUACGGAAUCGAACUAGUCCUUGUCAUAAUUUCCACCAUUGGUGUCGCUACGAGCAGCUAUGGCUAUCAAGAUAUGUCAUUUUUGGCCCUCUUCUCAUGGUGGCGGUUUGUAAUGGGGAUCGGGAUCGGAGGCGAAUACCCCCUCAGUGCCGUGAUUACAUCAGAAUGGUCAAGCACAAGGUCAAGAGGACGGAUGCUCUCUUCCGUCUUCAUGAUGCAACCCAUCGGCCAGGCCCUGGCCCAACUGGUUGGGUUGUGGGUCCUUCUCGGUCGUGAGAAGAUGUAUGGCCUUCAGGCCAUGCAAUGUGGUCUGAACACAAAGUAUGAAGAAGAGUGUAGGAAGAUCGUCGACGGAAUCUGGCGUAUCGUUAUCGGAUCCGGUGCCGCCCCGGCCCUGCUCGCCAUCAUCUUCCGCUUCUUCCUUUACGAUUGCGGUCUUUACAGUUUGGAGGUUAAGAAUAAGGCCGGGACCGCUUUGAGAAAUACCCAGCGAGUGUACGGUGCGCCUCCCGAGAGUAUCAACGGCUUCGCCAUGCAGGCCAACGGGGACAUGUUCGGCAGCCACCAGAACGCCCUGUCGCAGCCCAUGCCCGUGCAGUUUUCCAAGGCAGACUUGUAUAAGUAUUUUAUCAAGGAAGGGAAUUGGUACUAUCUUCUAGGCACCUCCGCGACAUGGUUCCUACUCGAUGUAUCGUUCUACGGCCUCUCCCUAGACAAUAGAGGAACAUUAUCCGACAUGUGGGCGGAAACCGGAGCUUUGGAACUGAACGAAUCACUCCCGUGCUGGAAUUCCUCUCUUCCCGGCGGCAACUCUACUCUCCCCUACUGGCGGGAACAUGGCCUUCCGGUCUGGCAGACUGAUCGAACCCAGCCGUGCAACACACUUUACGAUGUCCUCGUGGAACAGACGAUGCAGUAUCUCCUAACCGUCUCUGUUGCUUCGAUUGCUGGGAGCAUUGCGUUCAUUAUUUGUGUGAAUAGGAUCCCUAGAAGGCUUUGGCUUACGGUAUCCUUCUUUGUCCUUGCGAUUCUCUUCGUCAUCACGGGCUGCGUGUAUUACGGAGUGAAUAGGCGUCCUGGAGCGCCGGCAACUGUGGCAUUUGUAGCCUUUUGUCACUUUAUGUUUAACUUUGGCGCCAACACGUUGACCUUCAUCAUACCUGCGGAAAUUUUCCCCACCUGCUACCGUGCCACAUGCCACGGUAUCUCCGCGGCAGCCGGCAAGGUAGGCAGCAUCAUCGCCGUCCUCAUCAUCGCCGGAAUCAAGGAAUGGUACAGCAGCCCGACGAAGCAAGGCCUCAUCUUCCUCCUCUUCGGCUCGUUCGUUGCGCUCGGCGCUGUCUUUUCCUGGGCGUACCUCCCUGAUCCGCAGAGAUGGGUCGUUGACGACGACGGCAAGCGGUAUCUCGAGUCUAAGACCCUCGAGGACCUUGGCGAGGGCCGGCAGAAGGCGAAGUUGGCGGGUGAGGUCAUUACGAUUGAGGGGAAGUGGGAGGAGUUUCUUAGGAAGAGGAGGGAGAAGGCUAAUGCGUCGCGGACGAGCGACGAUAGUCAACCCUAG